AUGGAAGACGUCAUAUUUUCGAGCAUUGCAACUAGUGGACAGAUUGAACCUAAGUUUCAACAAAGAUUUCAGACAAAUUUUGUGCUGGUCCAGAACAUUUUGGACCAGAACAGGCUUUUGAUAAAUGAGAUAAACCAGAACCACGAGUCUAAGAUCCUGGACAAGUUGUCGCGCAAUGUGGGACUGAUCCGGGAGCUCAACAACAACAUAAGAAGAGUGGUUGACCUGUACGGCCGUCUCUCCAACUCUGCCAGAUCAAUGGAGACCUUGUCUGAAGGGGAGUCAGCCGGGACAACUAAGUCCGAUGGGAGAGGCGGGCUAAAGAGAGUUAGGUCUGGCAAUUGA